AUUUUCCUCCUCCUCCUGUUGAAUACACUCGAAGGAAGUUGCAGCAUCAACAGUGUUUAAUGGCUUGCAUAGAAUUUGUGUUCACGACGUGAAGGUUGAACAAGUGAGAGAAUGUCCAAAUGGGAAGAAAAAGAUUGUCGAGAAAAUGGAAAACCAAUAUUUGGUACACAGAUCGCAAAAGGAACUAUCGCGCAAACAUAAAAAAUGAGCGAACAAAAAGUUGCGGAGACAGCAACCCGAACAUAUGUGACAAGUGUCAAAGAAAAGAAGCGCGUCGCCGUGUAUAACCUAGAUUUUUAUUGCUCGGCCUUUUCACAAAAACAUAGCCAACCAUAGAUAAGAGAUCGAUUAGUUUUUUUUCCAAUGAGAUUAAUGUAGAAGUCGCCAUUUGACAAACGGAAGACCACCAUGGCCCCAACGAUUUCCACGCGUGUCCGAGGAAACAGAGACGGCCUACAGAAACUGCUUGCCCACCCGGCUCGAUUGCAGAGUCAAUCUUUGCUCACCAAUCAAAGCCCCGACGUUUUCGAAAAAGAUGCCCGAGCCAGUGAAAAUGCGCACGGUGCGACACCUGGGCCGUGGCGCGUUCGGCCAAGUCCGAUUGUGUAUUACCGCAGAAGAAGAGUACGUGGCAGUAAAACUCGUGGACUUGUCUGGCCUGUCCAAAGUGCAUCGAAAACGCGCAUUGAAAGAAGCCAAGCUCCUGCAAAAGCUAUCGAAACAUCAGAACAUCGUCGAAUGCAAGGAUGUGCUUUUUUCGGAGAAAGGUAUAUUGAUUAAGUUGCAUCAAUCGAUGGGAAGGAAAGGCUCGCGUUUGAUCGUUACCUCCUUUAAUUCAAUUGUAAUAAAAUUCUGGGUCUAAGUCUAAUUCUUGAUCUAUCAUGAGAUUCACGGAUAUAUAAAAUCAUCUUGCAGAUGUACUGCAGAUUGUGUUGGAAUUUGCGCCCUGUGGAGAUCUACAUCAGCAUUGCGAGAGGCAUGGAAGGUGUCCCGAACCGAAGGCGCUGUGUUGGGGUGGGCAGAUUCUUGCAGCUCUGGCCUAUUGCCACGUGAAGAAAAUCCUGCAUCGUGACUUGAAGCCGGCGAAUAUUCUCCUUUUCCCACAUGGCAAAGCAAAACUGGCAGACUUUGGCGUAUGUUUUGUCGGUGGAGAGACAGGGCGGACAUCGGCUUCGGGUGGCCGAGGUGGAGCAAGCCGAGUGCCAGAGAAUGUUAUGUACGCAGUAUGCAAAAAGUACACGUUUUCUGCUGCUUAUCGUUUUUCCAUCUCUGUCAGCAUUUCUCCAUUUCGCUGAAAGGAAAUCAAUCAUCAAGUGACCCAUUUUUCGCCUCUAAAUAGUGACGUGGCGCUCCCACGUACACUAGCAAGAGUACAGUUCGAGCUAAGACUGUGAUUGGAACGCCGCAUUACUUCGCACCGGAGCUGGUCAAUGGAGAGGAGUAUGGUCCAGCGAGCGACAUUUGGAGUUUCGGUGUCUGCCUUUACGAGUCCAUCGCUUUUCCUGCACGACCCUUUUCGGGUAAUAAUCUUGCGGCACUAGCUCUGAAGAUUUCAAAGGCCGAAUGGCAGCCACUACCUGCAGAUCUCUGUACUCCGGAGCUGGAGCAUGUGCGUGCGUUGCUGGAAACCAGAUUGUUACUAGAGAACCCAAAGGCGCGCAUCAAAGCAUAUCGCUGUGUUGCUGAGAUCGAGCGCAUAUUUCGCGACGUGUACGGAAUAGCGAUGAGCGCUAAAAGUACUCCAAAGGGUAUGGACGUAGUUCUUCCUGGAGCUGAGUCGGUUCCCGUUGUGUCAAGAGGAGCAUUAGGAAUAGCCGACUCUGUCUCAGCAGCGACGAACCGACGUGCGCCUCAUCUUCCACCACGCUUGCCACAGCAGGGUUUCGACGCAACGCUCGUGGACGAUGACUCGAUAGCGCUUGUAAAGAUACCUUCGGAGGUGGAUCAUAAUGGAAGUGGAGCUAUCUGUGACGGCCCUUCAUCGCAAAGCACAUGGGAGGACAUGAAUCCUCACGAGAAUGCUGGAAGCAAGCGGGCGUCACCAGCUGGAGGAGGCGUCAGUGCCAAGUAUCAGUUUUUAGAGCUCGGCAUGUACGGGCAGUUCUGUGAUUGGCUAGAGAUGGAUUCGUCAAAGCAAGACUCAGGAUCUGAUGAAGAUUCGUGGAACGACGCUGAGGAAGUUGCGGAAGGCCAGGGACACUACAAUCUAGAUGAGGACUGCACUUUAGAGGUGCCAGCUCCAGGAACACCUGGAUCCCCAAAUCGCGCGUCUCCACAUCGAAAAAAUAGGGACCGCGCUCAAGCCAAAGUAGACGUGAGUCGCAGUAAGGAGCAGAUGACACCUGAGACCGGACGCAGAGGAGAAAAUUGGCGAGGAAUAGAACAGCGUGUGCCAACUGGGAUCCCUGAGGAGGAGACAAUGCCAGGAGAUCAUGAAGAUGAGCGGCUACUGCCAGAGCACGUGCAAGAGUUUCUUCAUCUAUCUCAGGCGACGAUGGAGAUUCGCGCUAAUCGUUCGACGCCAGAGAGCCCAUGGCGUGACUACACAAUCGGUACUGAGAAAAUCGAAAUUCCUGGGCUUGAUAUCGCAGAGCGACUGGCAAAUACCGCAGGAGGGCGGGAAGGAGCACAGGCUGGGGCGACUUCUCCAGAGAUAGAGGAGGGUGUCUCCGCGGGAUCCUUCAACGGGUUUGGCACUGAAAAGAUUCCUUUGCCUCCUGCGAGCGAUCUCGGAGACACACUGACCUAUUCUAUUUCACCGGACCCAACUGCGGGAAGCACCGUGGCACUAGAACAGAUGAAUCCACAACAGUGCGCCUCGUGGUUUCAAAAGGAAGGGAAAGAAGUUCAACAAAAUUUUGAUGCUUCAUUCUCAACUGCGCAGCUGGGUGUCCCGGCUACAAAUCCACCCGUUCCAAUGGAGGUGCCAGUCCAAACUUCGGAGUUUACUUUUGCCGCUGACCUAGAACCGCAAGUGGCGCCACAACCCUAUCCUCAAGCGCAGGACUUCUACCCCUCUGAGAUCCUACGGGGAUCUGAGCAAUGCGGCGGAAGUAGCAGCAGCAAAAGCGUGAAAAGCGUUGACAGCACUGGCAGUCGGUUUGAUGUUGUAUCAGAGAUACCACCCGCAGCGCGUGCAUCUGGGAGCGCGAAUAGUGACAUGCAGGAGCAUAAUGCAGCAACAGUCGGUUUAUCAUGGAGGACAUACAAUUCGGGUUCCCGUUGUCGGACACCAGUAACACCCCCAGUAACGCCUCCACUUAUGGCCCCAGUUGCACCGCCGCUCGGCGCAGCGCCUGUCCAAAUUCCUGCACAUCAUUUACGACGCUUGAGCGAUGCUUCUGGCAGUAGUCGUGAAUCUCGUCGAAACAGCGGUGCGCGAGCAGUAGCGGAGCUCCCUGAACUCAUCUUGCCAGGACGCAGGAAAACGCCUCCCACGCCACGACUAAGUGCCCGUUUCUCGCAUUCCGGCACUCCGCGCCUCGUAGGCGCUUCUGGUAGUACACCGCGCUUAGCGAUUCCUAGUGCGCGACAAAUCACGCCGCGUGGAGCCGCUGCCCUGGUUGCAGCAGGAACGGGCGCUCAACAGACGAAAAGCAAUAGUCUUGCUGCCGUGCCUUCACUAAAAGUAGACUCUUCCGUCGGCGUUGCCAAAACUAGUAGCGAGCCAGGCAUGGGGGGUCCAUACGAUCCGGGGGACCCGAUGGGUUUUGGGAAUCCUGUCCUGGAUGCGUCUGUGGAUCGUAUGAACGCAGCACCGGCCCCGGGACGGAUACCUUCGGCUAGAAGGAAGCUCCGAAGAGACCAACUAGGGGCACAGAGUGCGGUCAAUAUCCUAGAUGUAAAGCAGCAUACCUCAGCGAUGCCUCGGCCAGGGUUCAAUGCAGGGGGUUCUCAGGGUGGUGAUAGUUACCUGCGCAAGCAUUUGGCACGGCGAAAACAGGUCGCAACAAACUCGUUUGGAUCGUCAUCGUCCGUUUCGCUAUCAUCGAAGCAACACUUUUCUAGCGCAGCUGCUGCUGUGAAUAGCUCUCGUGUCGCGGCUUCGUCGGAAAAUACGAAGACAGCGCCUCCACCAGCGCAGAACAAGCUCAAAACGAAGAGCAGUCGACGUGUGAUCUCGGCACCGGGGGCCGAGUGCGGUGGCGGUACUGGUGGAGAAGCCACGUCCAAGGCCGGGCCACCCGAGGACGAAAGUGGCGCAAGUGGAGGCGGCACAAGAUGCUCCUCGUCUGGAAGCACGUCGUCUGCACGGAGCAGCCGCAGUCGCAUUGUCUAUCGGGAUAAGAUGAUACCUUCUAGCGGCUUAGGGAAUCGUAUACAAGAACACGCACGGGAGUCAUUCAGCGAAGCGUCAAGCCGUAGCAGCACACUUGUCGAGCCCUGCAAUACAAAAUGCGCACCAGGUCAAGGUAGGUCAAAACGUAGUGCCGCAGCGGGAUCGGGAGCAAAAGACACGGAUUCAUCUUCGAGAUACGAGUCACGGACAAAUGAAAAGGUUUAUGGCUCUCGGAAUUUUUCUUCAGAACCUUCGCAAAUUGCGGCCACCACAGCAGUAUCCACAGAUACCGCGGCAGCGCCGAAGUCGGCUCGCCGAAAUAGCGGAUUUGUGAAUCGAUUGCGGCAGAAAUCCGUAGAAAACCCUCACGCCCCAUUACAGCAACAUCAUGCUCCUUUACCGAGUGAAAAGAGUCUGUUUCUGAAUAGCGGACGUCUUGAUAAGAGCAAGAAAGCGAAGAAUAUUCUGUUUCACGACGGGAAAGACUUUUACAGAUUGGUUGAGGCUCCCCCGAGGGAAUGCCAGCCGACGUCUGACGCUGGGUCUCCAGAUUUGCAGGACCGGGAUAACGCCGGUCUAGGUGGCCAUUAUGCUCAUAGCGCAGUGCAGAACGAACAUUUCCAAAUCCGCAUUAGAGACGAUGUAGUAACGCCUGCUGCUGCGGGAAGGGUUGACAGCGGCGGUGGAAGUUUUCCGUCAAACUUGCAAGACGACUCAGCUGUGCGGCAAAGUGUUGACUUUAAUUUCAGCAGCAUCUUUCCUGGUGGGACGCUCGUGGAUGACCAAGCUGAUUCAAGAGUCGGUCUUGGGGGCGAUUCCCCAACGCCCGAUGAUGAAGACACAGCACAAGUGAGAAGAGCUGCUUGGGGCGGAGACCAAGCGCAAUUAAAUGCGAGUCUGCGAUAUCGCGCACAGUCAGCAGGUGAAUCUGAAUGCACUCCGUCUAUAGAGAUUUGUACGGAUGACGCUCUACAAGCGGCUCAAGCAGAGAACAAUGUGCGUGCCAGCGGCGCAACCCGAGUGACACCGCACUUUUUCAAUCCCGAAGCUGUGGCUUCACGUGAAGAUCGCCCACUUCCUUUAUGUGUCGCGAUUGGUGAGGACGACGAUCCCGCCCCCAGACCACCUGUGAUGAGCAGCGGAGAACUUUACACUACGGCGCAGAGCAAUAGUAGCUCUCUGGGCACGCGGAGGCAGCGAGUCAACUCAUCUUUGUUGGAGUCUCUAUUGUCGGAUGAAGCUGAAGGGGAUCAGUUAGACGGCUGCCUAGCCGACGAUGCUGGUGUGCAACUCGUUUUUGAACGGAAUAGUCCGGCUGCCGCUUCAUGUAUCGUACGGAAGACUCCAAAAGGAGGCGCCGCCUUGGACGCGUCGCUUUCACGAAAAAUGCCAGGUCCUAACGUCGGUCUCGAUGGACAAGGCAAGGUUGCGUGUGCUGAGGGAUGUGCUAAUAUCGAUUCAUACCAGCACGAAAUGGGAGAUAAGGUGUAUUCGUCUUCGUCCCGCGGGGGGCAGGCUCGUCGAUCUCAGCAAAAGCGACUCGCAAAUCCACCAACGACCACGUCAAAAACUCAUAGAGCAGUGCGCGUCUUGACCACGACACCUCGGGAACAGUCGGACUACUCAGAUGAUUUCGAAUCCGAACCCGGCACUGAUGAGGAGCCGCUUUUGAGUGACGAGGAAGAUGAUACCCUUCGCGAAACUGACGAAACGACUUGCUUUUGUCAAGACGAAACAGCUGAAGACGCGAAUACUACCACAGGCUUAAUAGCAGACCACGGACGCGGAGACGACAUUGAUGAUGAUGAUGAUGACGACGACGAAAGAACCUCACACGCACUUCAUCGUCAUCAAUUAGAGGACGAUGAUGAAGUUCAGGAUAGCAAUUUAGUCAAAGUCGAUCUACGACCGAAGGUGAACCUCCGCUUGAAUGCACCCGGUCAAUGCGCCGUCUUCUGCGUGCAGACGAACGUGAAAAAUCCGCUUCAAAACCAGGACGGUCACAUUUUUGCGCUCACAAGCCUAGAUGCGGACGAUUCUUGCGAGGAUUAUUCUUGAUCACAAACCGGUUCUAGUUUUUCGACAAAGACUCUUCAUGGAUUCUUGUACAUUCAUAUCGCGUAGAAGUAUAGGAGUCGAGAUAUGAAAAGGAGCUUCCUGCAAAUCAAACUUCCACGUUUUCUAGGCUGUCAUGUUCAUGUUGUUCCGUUCAACUACUAAUUUAUCUCUCUUAGUCUUUUCCAUUGUUCUGGCUAAUGUUCGUCCAUCGCUUCCGUGUUGUUGUAAUUGCCGCAUUUAAAAAGUUUAAGUUAAUCGAUGAAUAUGAAUCUCAAUCUUCCUUGUCGCAUAGGGUGGUCAUAAGACAAGUUGGACGUUCUCGACUUUCGAAAGGUUCAACUACAAAGACUUCGACUUGUUGUGAAUAUUCUUAGUAUUUUUGCAGUACUAUCAUCUGACGCGCUCCCUCGUACAAUGAAGAACUACAAAUAU